AUGGGUGGGUGCGGGUCUCAAAAAACGGACCCGUGCAGGACUCUGUCUCACGCGGGUAAAUUUAAACAGACUCCAGGAGAGAAUCCUCUACUCGUAGCCUCGGCUUAUCACAUUGUAAAAGUUUCAUAUCAUAACGGAUUUAAUAAGAGCGGCCGCUUUAAUGCAGUAAGAGACCAGAACAAUUUUAAUCUGAAAAUCUCCAACGCAGAACCAUCUGAUUCAGCUACGUACUACUGCGUUAUUGCAUAUUAUUCAGAUGUAGCUUUAUUCCACUGCACAAUUUUAGUCCUCAAAGACGAACCUUCAAGUCUCUACACUGUUCUCCAGCCUCCCGUAUCAGAUCCAGUCCAACUGGGAGGAGAUACAACUCUGCAGUGUUCAAUACUCACAGAUAACUCUGCAGGAGAUCACAGUGUGUACUGGUUCAGACACGGAUCAGGAGAAUCUGAUCCAGGAAUCAUCUUCACUCAUGGAAACAGGAGUGAUCAGUGUAAGAAAAGCUCUGAGACUGUUUCUCCUACACAGAGCUGUAUCUACAAACUCCCCAAGAACAACCUCAGCCUCUCUGAUGCUGGAACUUACUACUGUGCUGUAGCUGCAUGUGGACACAUCUUCUUUGGGAACGGAACUAAACUAAACUUUGAGAACAAAUUUUUGGACCCAAUUUAUAUUGUUUUAGCAGCAACAAACAUCAUCUCCCUGGCUGUCAUUUUAUUUCUGAGUAGAAAGUUACGCAACAGUCAUCAGAAAGAUGUUGCUGAAGGUCAAGCUCAAGUACACAAGACUGAGGAAACUGGAGAUCUGAACUACGCAGCUCUCAGCUUUAAUCAGCCUCCCUCCUCAAGAAGAAACAGAACAAAGAACAGCGAUGAUCAGUCUGUGUACUCACACUGUAGAGAUGAUUUUCUUUAGCAGAGAUCGGGAAGCUGGAUGGAGCAAAAUACAGGCCAAUGGCCCGGGAAAAAAAGCUGGUGGAGACAAACCUCAAAAGACUUGCAGCUGUAGUUGCAGCCACUGUACUGUCUUUCAGAAUAUUUGGGUUUUUGUUUUAUUUUUGAUCAUAUCAUUGAUUACAAUAAGAAUAUGGCAUAUUUGGCAUCAAGCAAUUAAAGCCACACUUAAUGCAAGUGCCAACUGUAAACAUGUAAGGAACUGAAUAAAAUCAGCAUGAAUUCAU